UGUAAACACAACCGUUGCGGUGGCUAUGUUCGAGAGCUAGUCUGAGCAAACGUCCAAGACGUUAUUUCUGUUCCGACCGUACAUCGACAUUUUCGUUUGAGUUAGAAGUACAGUGAGGAAAUUCUGCAUUAUAUAACGUUGUCAUGUUAUGUUGAGAAAAUAUUUCCAAUAGAAAAUAACGUUAGCUCGGUAAUACGUUAGCGUUAGCUUCUAACCAAUGACAAAGCGCCUGAGAGGAAUUUUUAACCAGCUAGCAAAAACGUUUAGGUGUUUAUUUGCUAUUUAACGCUGCUUAUAGUUGACUGUGGGGCUUAAAAUAAUAGUUUAUUAUUGUGACAGCGAUGCCAACAUGGACUAUUGCAUAUCCCCUUUAUUCAGCGUAAUUAAUUAGUUUGGGAAAGUUAGCUUAAGCAAAGCAAUAGGCCAUCAACAGACAUCUUGGGACGAUAAAGAGAAAGGCGAAUAAUUCUCUCGCAUUUAAACAAACUACGACAGAAGAUCCUCCAGGUGGAAAAAGUGUGAUCAUAUGUUGACAGAAACCAGGAAAAGACAGCACAGCGGUGGUGAUGAGGAGAGUAGCCACCGGGUGCCUCAAGCCAAAAGGCAGAGCGGAGCUCAUCCUCUCUCCCCUGAGCCAGGUCGGGAUGCUUGGGACUCAGAGACAUCCAACAGUGAGAGCAGCAGCAACAUCAGCAGUCCCGAACAUGCAGCUGGGAGUCGGUGUGCUUUGGGCUCCUGCAGUCCCUUCAGCUCCGGCUUCUCGUCAGAGCUGGGCGGCCCCUCAAAUCAGCUGUCUUACCUGCAGAUCAACCGCAUCCUCAGGGAGGCCCACUUCCAUAGCCUGCAAAGCCGAGGUCAGCUCAGAGACCCAAGAUGAAAUAUCGCUCUCCACCGAGACGCCAAAGGACUGAAAGUGUGUUGCUGCAUCAUAUGCUGAUCGUUUCUUUCAGCUCUUCCUCUCCCAUCUUGAGUCAUUGCAACAUAUCACAGCUGUACGCAUCUGUGAGUGGAGGGCAGUGUCUAGGAGCAGUUCGUCUAUCACAUAAAGUGAUUUUCAGUUGAGCAAUAACAACUGUGGUAACUGUGAUCUACCCAAAACAUUCUAUAUUCCACCUAUUUUCUGACCAAUCGGGUUUACCAACUGAUCUGAGAGCCUUACUGUGUGCACGACUGAUUGUGGGUUCUUGUGUGUCCUUUUUUAAAUUGUAUAUGAACACAGGAGAGAUGAUAAAGUGGCACCAAACACACGUUUUGGGCCAGUCGGUGUGAAUUUUUUAGUCUUACAGUAGGGUACUUGCAGAAUCUGAUGGAUGUGAGUACAUGGACCAGUCUCAGGGAGGAUAUGUCUUAGACUGCUCUCUUGCUUUCAUAUUUUGAGGGGUGGGGGGGUGUUAACUUGGGUAAGACUAUUGUUAUCCUGUAGAAUUAAAUUUAGUUGAAGACAAGUCAGGCCAUAGGACAUAGGGUUUGUUAUUAUAGUACUUCAGAAUACUUCAAGUUGAUCUCAUAUCAGAUUUUAGGCUAACCCUACUUGGGUUUUAAUAUUUUUCACAUACUUUGUACCUUGUAAACAGACUUGAUUAUUUGAUCCUUUUUUUCAGCCUUGUUCGUCCCCAGGGUUUAUUUUUGUUCUUGAUUGUGCUUUCUUCUCAUCUGAACAAGACUAAUUUGAUGAGCUGGUUGUAAAAAUCGCUUUGCGGCCUUUUAAUAGCCACAUUUUCUGAUCAUUGAUCUAAAGUUCCUUGCAAAAAUA